AUGGGGAGAAAGAAAUUGAAGAUAUGGAGAUUGGAGAGUAUGAAAUCAAGGAAGAUCACAUAUGUGAAGCGCAAGGCAGGUUUAAUGAAGAAAGCACAUGAACUCUCUAUUUUGUGUGAUGUUGAUCUUGUGCUUUUGAUGUUCUCUCCUACGGGAAGUCCAACAUUGGUUACAGGAGAAAAAAAUGACUUAAGUUCAGUUGUUCAAAAACUUUCAAACAUGACUCUUGAAGAAAGAUUGCACAGGCAGGCUGGGACCCUUGAAAUAAUAAAGAAGAUGUACAAGGGUGAUAAUCAAAACAUAGAUCUAAAGAUAUUUUCAGUUGAUGGGAAAUGCAAAAUUCAGGAACUACAAAAUCAACUUGAACAGUUGCAUCAAAAGGUUUAUGAAACAAAUAAGAACUUAAGGUUAGGCCAUGUGUAUGAUUCUUGUUCUCUAAAGAAUGACAUUAAGGAGAAGAUCUUAGAAUCUGAAGAUGAGGACGAAAUACAGAAACUAUGA